AUGGAAAAUAAGAAUGUCUUAAAUUUCAGUGAUGCAGAAAAAUCAAUAAAUGAAUAUUCAGAGCUGUUAGAAUCAUAUUUAAAAAAAUACAAUGUAGAAUGUUUUGAUUAUUCAAAAUUUAGUGACCCUAUAUAUAUUGGGCAUGGUGGGUUUGCAACAGUACACUCAACUGCUUUUGAAGGAAACAAAUAUGCAUUAAAAAAACUAAACAAUAAUUGGUGCAUAAAUAGAAAAGCAUUCAAUCAAUUAAAGUGCGAGCCUAAAAUUCUUAAUGAUGUUGAACAUGUUGAACAUCAAAAUAUUAUUAAAUUUUAUAGAAUUUCAAGAGAGCAGAUAUCAGGUGAUUUCAUGUUAGUGUUACAACUUGCAAAUGAUGGUAGUCUACAAGAUUAUUUGCGAAAAAAACAAGGGACUCUCUUUACAAAAUUUUGUGGGUUGAACUUGUUCAAAUUGCAAAAGAUAUUACCAUGGGUUUGA